GAAAAAAUAUGAUGCCUAAUUGCCAACCAGAAAGUGACAGCGAAGACAGCUUGAAUCAAGCCACUCCAAAGGGAUACCAGUUUAAUAUUCCAACCCUUGAAGUUCGUGAUAACGAUUUUGUCAAUGGCGCUUCCUAUCCGAAAAGAAAGAAGAGCAAAUUCAGGAAACUUUCAAUCAGAACAAAGAAAUCUUCAAAUAGAUGUCCAAGUGUUGGACUGCAGGCGCUGAGGUCUACUUUACAGAUAGCUUCUGAGCAUUCAAAUAUCAAACAAAUCAAGAGCAAAUUUAAAAAAUAAUAAAGCAAAAGUAGGGUCGUCCCAUCACUAUGUCUUUGUCACUAAAGACAACUCACAACAUCAGAAGGAAGAGAAGAUAUCCAAUUUCUUGAGACAAUCGAAUAUAUUCCAAAUCCAUUUGAAAGCUGCUUUGGAAGAGUAUAAAUAAUUUUUUAUAAAAAUAACAAAAAUCAGGUUUAUAGA